AUGCAAAAUGGUUAUCGAAGGUAUGUAGCAUUUGCAUAUAUGGCUGUAAAUGGUAUUGGAUUUGCAGUAAAUUUUUGGGUAUUGUAUACUGUUGCACCAUUACUAUUCUCAUUAACUGUUAAAGUGCCAAAGAGUAUUUUAUUUUAUAUUGUAACAUUAUGCAUAUCUGAUCUCAUGAUAAUGAUAGGAAUGCUUUUCUUAAUAAUCGAAAUAGUUCUUGGUACUUGGAAAUUUAGCACAUUUUCGUGCGUUGCUUAUCUUGUUUUUGAAGCUAUGAAUAAAUUUGUAGCUCCUGUAAUUGUAGUAUUAAUUAGUCGAACUUGUUAUGUAACAGUAUGUUUAGAUCCAAAAAGUCAACAGAUUGCUGCUAGUUUAAAGUAUGCAAUAGCACAAGUAAUUGCAUCAAUGGCACUUGUUAUGAUAAUGCUAUGGCCACUUUUUGCUUACAGUCAAGUCUCAUCACUGUAUUUUAAUGUAAACGUUACACUGCGAACUGUUAACGUAUUACGUAAAUGCACGUUCAUGCCACCAUCAGAAAUCGAACUUGGCUUUGGUAUAGUGUCUUGCAUUGCAAGUUAUGCCAUACCAUUAGGAGGAAUGAUUUACUGGUAUGUUUCUGUGCCAUUUUUCCUCAGGAAAAGAGCUGGUAAUUCUCUUGUAUCUAGCAACUCAAACGCAGCGCCUUUACGUCGAUUAAUAGCGACAGUUCUUGUGCUUACAGCCGUGUAUGUCUCGUGUUGGUCACCAUAUUGGCUGAGUAUAUUUGCGCAUAAAUUUAUCAAUGGAAUGAUUGUGAUAGCAUCAUACUUUAUCCAUUUGCUUCCUUAUAUAAGCUGCUCGGCAUAUCCAGUAAUUUUUACACUUAUGAAUAGACGGAUUAAAACAGCUCGUGCUCAAAUGCAUUUGCAUUUAAAACGAAAGAGAUAUAGUUGUGUUGAUUCUAUCCACGCUAGUGAGAGUAUUUCUAAGUAA